AACUUUCUUCUGAAAAAGGUGGCAUCCCUUAGGUUGGCCGCCAGUUGGCCGAAUUUUUUUAGUCCACAAACGCGUCGCAUAUGAAUUUUUGUCCGUAAAAAACGCAAAUAAAUUGCUCUCCCGUGUCCGUGCUCCAACAAAUAAUGUCCAAUAAUGUGUAGUAAAUCGGUUAAUACUCGUAUAACUAUAGCAAAUUCAGAUGCUCUGGAAACUGCACGACUCCAUUGUGUGUAUGUGCAAUUGGGUGCUGGGAGAGCGAAUGUGUAGACAUGAAAUAAAAGCAAAAAUUUACAACGAACUGCGAAAAGCAGCAGCAACAUCAUCACAACAACAGCAGCAGCAGCAGAGCAGCCAAGAGCAACGUCAGCUUCGUUGGUUGCGGUCGGACGGAUGAGUGUUUGGUCGGGCGGACGUUCGUUCGUUCGUUGCUAAUAAUUUCUCCGGGGGCUCUGGUGCUCCGCUGGACAAAGUGCGAAAAGAAAGUGUACAGUGUACAGUGUGUGUGCGAUUGCGAUUUAUUUAUGUUGUUUAGCAACGAAAUCAAACGAAUUAGUUUAAGAAUGUUUGUGUGCAAAUAUUAAAUAUAAGAAAAGAAAGGCAAGUGCAAAAUGUUUACAAAGAAAUCACAUGCAGAUGUUAAAAAGUCGACGGCCAAGUUGCAAGAUUGCAAAAAGGAUUCGGCCUCCCGCCUGCGACACCUGCGCACAAUAUUAGAUAAUGUAGAUUACGAGGAGUCAAAGUCGCUGUUCGAGACGAAUUACAGCCAUGUCUAUUUUAUACUCUACGACACUUUCAUCCAGGCCGAAGCAAAUCUCAAGCAGAAAGAACUUCCGUUUCACAUUGUGCACAAGGCGCAUCGCGAAGAACUGGAUGGUUCGUUAUGGCUGCUGGAGAAGAUACUGUGCCUGCUCCCGGAGCUGCUGGCACGUCGAUGGCAAUGCCAUUCACUCAGCCGCAUCAUGGCGAAGCUCUUGCAUCUGGGAAACUCACCCAAGCUGCGACGCGAGGGUGUCAAGUACUUUCUGCUGUGGUAUCAGACGCUGGGAGAGAAUGCGCCGGGCUAUGUGCAUGCCAUGUAUGCGGAUUUGAUACCCGGUCUCAUAGUGCCCCAGAAGGGUGUUGUGGGUCCUGAUACGGAAUUCAGCGCCACAGAUUUUCUCUCACAUCCCAAUAUGAAGGCAGACGGAGGCAUGGCCUCCGUUUUUCAUGACAAUGCAUUCUCGCAUCCCGUGCAGAGCUCCGAGGUAGUUGCCCUGUUGCCGCCCUCGUCGAGCGAAAAGUCUGCGCCGCCAGAUCCACGGGACGGACUUGAGGUGCUGCUCAAUAGCAUGGUACAAACGGCGGCCUGUCUCCGCUGGAGAGACAAUCGCGCCCAAAAGGAUCAUCGAGCGUUUGCGUUUCUCCUGCAACGCUUUAAAGAAGUCUUUCUGCCAGUAUUCUCGCCCAGCUUCGAUGCCAGCACAUCGAUCUAUAAUCCGCGCUUGGAGAUGCCCGUCAUGCGUUCAAUACACAAAAAGGAGGAGGUGAUGGCUUCCUGUGUGGUGGUGCUCAUCAAUUGGGUAUCACGUUUCACCCACGAGCGUCUGUUGAGCCACCGUCUGGACUGUGCCCUGCAAAUCGAGGGUGUGGAUCAUGCCAGAUUGCUGGGUUACCAACAGGGACUCAUUGUGCGCGACGUCUUCUAUGUGAGUCGGGAGAACAUCAAUUUUGUGCACGAGGUCUAUCGACAGGCGUUCCUCUUGAACUUCACAUCCAAGGCCCAAAUCGAAGCCAUUCGCACGGCCAUUGCUGUCUAUCGGGAUUGGAUGACGGGCAGCACGCCGCCUCCGUUUCUGCUGGAACCAAAUGACGAACAGACGGCGACAACACCAUCGAGUCUCUCCAAUGCUGGCGGCACGCCUCGUAGUCAACGCCUACGUACGCCCUCGUAUGUGGGCGCCAUGCAGGGAUCCAAGGAGCAACAGCAUGUGGUGCGGGCGGGAAUGCAAAAUGUGCUGCAGGUGUUUGUCACCAAUGCUGCGAAUGUGUUCCUUGUCAACACAGCGAAUCUGAACAUUUGCUUCCCAACACGCUCACGCGAUUACCGAUCGACGCCGCUGCAGGAGCAGACGGAGAUUUGCAAGAAGGUGCUGAAUGUGUAUCGCACUAUGGUGAUGAACACGCGUAUGGAGUCACGCACCUGGGAGCAGCUGUUGCAAGUGCUCCUGCAGGUGACAUCAGUGGUGCUGCACCAGAAUCCACCACCCAGUGGCUCCAAGAGCGCCAAUCUGGGCGGCAUUCUUGGCUCAGCCAUAUUCCAAACACUCAUUGUCACCUGGAUACGGGCACACACCAAUGUGCCGGUCAACGUGCUGCUCUGGGAGAAGUUUCUCACCGUGCUGCAGUCGCUGACGCAUCGCGAGGAGCUCAUCGUCGAGUGGAGCAAAACGAUUCAGACGUUGACACGCGUCUUUUCGCGUUAUACGUAUGGGAUUAAUUUGCUCGACUUGCCACUGGAUCGUGUGGCAGAGAGUCGAGGCAAGCGGCGACGCAUUGGCAGCGUCUGGCAGGGAUCGGGAAGCACCAGUGCAAGUGCUAGUGCUGCGACCAGCGUGCAGCGGGAACGCGAAAGCAUCGCCGAGUCCAACAGCAGUCGCUCCGACGAGAACUCUCAGGCGGGCAGCAACAGUCAAGUUCCGUCGCUGCAACCUACAAAUCGCACACAUCACCAGCAUACUCAAUCACAUGGAGGCAGUGGGCACGGCACACGACCUGUCCCACUAACUCCCAUGCUGAGCCGCAGCUACAGCGAGGGCAGCUUGGCCUCCGCGGCGAGAAACUCACGAAUUCGCCGACGACGAUCUGCAGUGCCCAAAGUCGAGGCUCCAGUGGACAUGAGGUCAUGUCUGGAGCACUCAAUGAGUUCGCAAAAUAAUAUGCAGGAUUUGCGUCGAGCCAUGUCCUUGGACUCAUUGGCGCCAGUGCGCAAAAGCCGGAGACGUCGUGGCUCUCAGCUGGCCGUGGACGAUGUGGAUGGCUAUCAGGAUGGGGAUCAGGUGGAGGACAACGAAAGUGGCGCCGGCUCGCGCAGUCCAUCGCCAACGGCGAGCAGCGGCAUCGAAGGUGGCUCCAUCAAGGAUGCCCAGCUGCAGAUCGAUGUGCUCGCUGCGGACACGGGCAGCCUUGAGGAUGGCAAUUCGGGCAGCUUUGGUGCCGGCAGCUAUGGGUCCGAGCGUCGCUCCAUAAUGUUGGGUGGCGCAGCAACUGGAUGGCUGCCCGACUCCACGUCCAUCAUGUGGAAGCGUAUGUUGGGCGCCCUCGGAGAUGUGAAUCGCAUACCCAAGUCGGAGCUGCAUGCGCAGGUCUUUAGGCACUUGCUGGAGAUGACGCAGAACCUCAUCAAGAUCAAACAGAACCAAGGCAUCUCAACCGAUAACCAAAGCACGCCGCCGCCGCCAACUCUGGUGCCACCCAUUGGCGUUGUCGCUCCAUGGUGCUAUGGCGCCUUGUCAUUGGAUCGCAGUUUUAAAAAGGGCAAAUUGUGGGCGCUGCAGUUGCUCUGUGCGCUGGCCCUUCAAGGUGCCGUUGGUAUGCCACAGUUGGCUCUCUUCUAUCACUCACUUCAUCAGCUGCUCACCGGCGAGGAUCGGGACCUGAUUUAUGCCAUCAUGAAGCAUUUGGAGGGACCACGUCUGCUUAGUCUGUUGCUGCCAGGACAUACACUGCUCCUGUUGGAUUUGGUGCAUGCUAGCGCCAUCUUGUUGACCUCUCUAGAGGUUACACGGAGCACGCCGCGUGCGGAGGUAGCUGCUCUCCUGGGCUCGCUGCUCUCGUAUCCGCCCACGCUGCUGCCACGCCCAGUGCUGCAGCCAACGGCACAGCAGUUUGAGCUGAUGGAAUGCCCCGAUCUACAGGAUCACAUACUCAACAUAAUGCUGCGCUGUGCUCGUCGAGAGCCGUCGGCAAAGGCGCGUUGCAUUGCUCUCUGCCAGCUGGGCCAGUGGCUCCUGCUGCGUCUUUCGCAGCCCGCACGCAACGUGCCACAGCGUGGACACUUCCAGCAGGCAGUGCCACAUCCCAAGGACUUGCUGCUGCCCAAGGAUACGAAUGCAAAUAGUUUUCAUCCACGUAUACGCGAGGUGCUGCAGGUGCUCCUCCAAGCGUUGCAAUUCAAGCAUCACACCAUCGCCGUCAUCGCUGUGGAUGCACUAAAGUUGUGCGCGGAGCGGGGUCGUCAACUGGCGGCCAUUGAGCGUCUGCCGCAGCUGAUCAUAACGGCACUGUGCAAAGCUCUGGAGAUCCAGAAUGUAAGCAAGCCCAAGGAUGCGGACAAGGUGGUGCUGACAUCGCUGAUGCUUUGCCUGGGCGAGUUCUGCAUGUCCAUUCCAGCCGCUCUCAUGCUGGAGCCGUACAACGAUCAAGGCGACACGUUGGUGCUGCAAGUGCUGCGCGUCCUGUUGCAAGUCGCCUCCGGAGCGCCGCGUCACGAGCGGGUUAAGCUUACGGCGGAUGAUGAUUUUGAUAUGCACAUUGCCAGCGAUGAUCUGCAGGGCGAUGGACGACUCCCCGAAGCCAGUUACCAAACAUCAGAGACAAUCCAGGCCUGCAUCUCGGCUAUACGACUGUGCGCCCGGGCUGUCGCCAUGCAUCUGGUCACCCACUUGGGUCACUUUCCCAUGGGCAUCGGUGCAUCACGUUUGAGCUCCAUGGUUGAGGAACAGGACGAUAUAUACAGUGGCGGCAGCAUUGGUGGCAAUCAUCUGGAGCGACGCGACUCCGUGGAGUUGCCCUCGGUGGUGAAUGCACAGAACUUGCAGCUGUUUAUGCUAAAUCCGGGAUUGGUGGCCAGUUUCAUAGAGCUGCCAACGCUGAAGCUGCCGGGAGGAGGCAUUACGGCGGGUUUGGUUACCGCCGAGAAGCAGGUGCGUGUACUCAUGCGUGAUCUCAAUGGCAAGGCCUGUUGGGAUGCCUCCAUUCUGUACUCGGAGCCCCGCAAGUGUGAUCCGUUGCCAAUGCCAGUGCCAGCGCAUGCUCAGUUCAGUUCGGAGCGUUAUGAUGGACCCUCCAGGCACUCGAAGAUGUGCCAGCCGAUGGAUUCCAUGGUUGGACAGGAGAUGCAAGUGCCGCGACACACGCUGCGACACCGUCCAGCCGGCGUCCUGCCUCUGGCCAAUGAGGUGGCACCCGACCUGGACCAGCUGGAUGAUAUGCUCGCGUAUAUUGGACAUACCAGUCCGGAGUGUGUGCCGCCAACAGUAUCCGAACUGAAUGCUCCGAGCUGCAGUCCAUUGAGCAGCGCACAGGAGACGCAGGCCAUAUCCGUCAUACUCAAUCAGCGUGUCCUGGAGCAGGAGUUUGUGGCGCAUUCAACACAGCAGACGCAAUCCGCUUUGCGUCAUGCUGGCUCUCACACAUCUUUAUUGCAGCCGGAUCAACGCUCUCUACACAGCGCGUCUGCAUCAUUUGAUUCCUUCACGGGCGCUGGCAGUCUGCCCAAUCGGAUCGAGACGCCAUUCCAAUAUUGUCGCCUGCUCUUCGCCCAUCUGGGCCUGGCUGGCUGGGAACGGCGAUCGCGUACGCAUCUCUUGCAGCGCAGUGAAAAACUGUUGCGGGAACUGCGCAACGUGGAUCUUCAAAAGUGCCGGGAGACGCACAAGAUGGCUGUCAUCUAUGUGGCAGCUGGGCAGGAGGAUAAGACGAGCAUUUUGCGUAAUACAAAUGGCAGCAGCAUGUACGAAAUGUUUGUCUCCGCCCUCGGCUGGGAGAUUGACCUGGAGACACACAAUGGCUUUCUAGGCGGUUUACCGCGUCAGGGUUGUGGUGCAACGGCUCCGUAUUAUGCCACGCCCUUUCUGGAGGUUGUCUACCAUGUGGCAACGCGCAUGCCCUCGGACUCAUCGGAGGCCAUGCUGCUGAAGACUCGGCAUCUGGGCAAUGAUGAGGUGCACAUCGUUUGGAGCGAACAUCAUCGUGAUUAUAGGCGCGACAUUCUGCCGACCGAAUUUUGCGAUGUCCUCAUCGUUGUGUAUCCUUUGCGGAAUGGACUGUUCCGUGUGACAGUCAAUCGAAAGCCAGAGGUGCCUUGGUUUGGGCCACUUGCCAACGAGAGUGUCGUUAGUGGCGCCUGCCUGGCCACACUCAUUCGUGCCACGGCCAUCAAUGCGAGUCGAACCAAACGCGCUGCUCUGCCGCUCUACCAGCAAUUCUACGAGGAGCGCAAUCGGUCUCUGGACAGCGUCUCGUCGCGGUACAAGGAGAGCACCACUUUCGAGGAUUUUGCCAGUCGCAUCUACAAUCCAAUGCCGUUGUCUACCUUGGGCACACUGCGCGAAUCCAAUGCCAGCAGUGCUGGGGCUCCGCUUGCCGCCGCACUAAUCGAUCAUAAUCGUGCCUCUGUCAAGGGCUGGGUACAGGCAUCCAUAGAUUCGACGACACCUACGCUUGGCAUUGCGCCAUCCGCCUCCGCCGGCUCUACGGCUGCGAUGGAGGCCAAUACAAACAGCGGCAUAGCCUCGGCAUCGCCACGUGGACCACGUAAGCUGGGAGCGCCCUUCAAGAGCGUUACCAAGAAACACUCAUUGCAACAGAUUGUUGUUGGUGGCAGCUCUGGUGGCAGUGCUGGGGGUGAUACACCUCCUGAGAGUCCCACACUGCCGCUGAGACGUAUCAAAUAGGUUUUUGGCACUAUAGAAUUGUCGGCCAUGGUUACUACUACUACUACAACAAGAAUUGCUCCUAAAAUUCCCCCUAACUAUACUCAUUCCCCGAAAGAAGAACCCAGGGCCAGGCUGUUUCUCGAACCAAUUGGGCUUGUCUGGCUUGUUGGAGCAACGACGCAGAGUUCUAUAGAAAUUGAAUAGUAUUGCAAAAACGUUUCCUGUUAUGUUUAUUUUUGUAAUUAAUUUCAAAUGCUGAUGCUAAUUUAGUCUAACUAUUUCACUGUAUUUAACUAUUUAUUUGCCACAAUUCCAAUUUUGAACUGAGAGCGCAGAAAGUGCGAAAGUUACGUAUUUAUUAAUGAGUUUGUUCGAUUUAAAUGCAAUUCCAUGUUACGUCCACUAAAAUCUAAAUAAUCAAUUUCGAUCAUUAAUAGUGAUUUUAAUUAUUUACUUAUUUAUUUAUUGAGCUCAUGAAUAUUUUAAUUGGCUCUUUAAUUUAUCAAUCAAUUAAUUUAUCUUUAUUUGUUGUAAUUUUGUGUAACCAUCACUAACGAUAGUUUAAAAUUAUAAUUCAAGCAUCCAGGAUCCGCAGGACUCCUGUUAUUCUAUUAUAAAACUUCUAUUUUUAUGUUUUACGCUUCGAAAUACAAAUUCAUGGAAUUCGUUAAGGGUUAAGCACAAAGCAACAAAAUCAAAAAUUCAAAAUUUUUUUUACAAAUAUUACUAUGGCUAUAUAGCUCUGCCCACUAAGCAAAUAGUUACUGGUAGUAUUAUGUAAUUGAGCUCUAUACUGUAUAGACAAUCUAGUUAUAAGUAUUUAAAUAAGGAUCCUUCGGAAAUCUUUGUUUAUCGAUUGAUCUAUUUACCACUAUUGUUCAAGCAAUCGGGUUUUAAUUAUAUGUAAACAAUGCAACAACAAACAAAUUGUUAAAUGAUUUAAUAAGAAAGCGGGCACAGUUUUAUUGUUCGUCCAAUAAUUUUCAACAAAUUGAUCAAAUGUAUAUUUAUAUACGUUAAUUUUGUAUUUAUUUAUAGAACGGGCAAGUGAAAAGGUUAAUUGCAAUGCGUUUUUGUUGCACAAAUGUUUUAUGAAAUUUUAGUCUAAUUAACACAAUUAAUAUUUAGCAAUUAUCUAUGUGUGUAAGUUUUUUGUAUAAUACAAUAAAAUCCUAACUUAAGCUAAAAUGCAAACGACAAAUUUUUGUAACUAACACCAAGUACACCACGCAUUAUACAACUUAUACUUACUAAUUUAUUUAAGAAACAAUCGAGUAUUUUUCAUAAAAUAAAUGCAAUUCAAUUCAAUGA